CAGGGCCUACAUUAGACUAUAUAUGCUGUUUCCUAUGGUUGGUAGACGUGUAGUUACGCUUAUUUGUUUUCUUAAACCGCAUAUUAUUUUUUUCUUUAGCCCAAAUAUGGCCUUCUUCUGAACUAUCUAGUGACUCAUCUGCUCGAGAGAAGAGAAAAGGAUUCAACAUCUUUGGUGCUUGAGUGCAACUUGGAGUUUUGCUGCAUGAAAACCAAGGAGUGCAUAAGUAGAAACCAUUUUUGAUAUAGCAGUAACUUCGAGGUGUUUUUCUUAACAUGGAAGACAACACACAUAUCGGUUCUGCACAGCAGAAUUCCACUGAAGUCCCAUCUCUCCUCAACUAUAUAUCAUCAAAUAAAGUAGCUGGCUUUGAUGACAUUAAUAUAUCUAGCUCCACAAAUGAUCAGUGUCAGACAAGCGAAUAUGGAUCUUUCAGUCCAACAACUAAUGGCAUUGAGUCUGAACCCAUUCAACGUCAUCAAAGGGUACCUUCUAUUUCUAUUAGCACGCCUGCAUCUCCUGUGAAUGCUCACUUACCGACCACCAAAAGAGUUCUCUUUAGCGGCGAAACAAUUAUUAGGGAUGGAUUUCCAGACUCUUUUGGUGUACCCAAGACUGCUAGCAGCAAACCAUCAAAAUAUUCAAAGUAUCAUUCUCAGCCAAUUGUUACAGGCCCUGCAUUUAAGGAGGCAAUUACUGAUGGAAAAUUUGCAUACCACCCAAGUAUUAAAAGGAUAAAGGACAAUAGAUUUGAUUCUUUCAAAACAUGGUCAGGGAAACUUGAGAGGCAGCUCACACAACUACGUGGAAAGUUGCCACGGGAAGCUGGACCCAAGGAUGACAUAGUGCAUAAAACAGAAUUUGAAAGGAAUUUGCCUGUGGACCGAUACUUUGAUGCCUUGGAAGGGCCAGAGCUGGACACUGUUAAGGCUUCAGAGGAAAUACUGCUUCCAAAUGAUGAUUUAUGGCCAUUUUUUCUACGGUUUCCCAUCUCUUCAUUUGGUAUCUGUCUUGGUAUUACCAGCCAAGCAAUUAUGUGGAAAUCUCUGGCCACCACUGCCUCCACAAAGUUUCUCCACAUAAGUCUGACAGUAAAUCUCAUUUUAUGGUGCAUCUCUAUUGCUCUUGUAGCAACUGUUGCUUCCAUCUACCUUCUAAAAGUGAUUUUCUACUUUGAAGCAGUUCGUCGUGAGUACUACCACCCUAUCCGUAUCAACUUUUUCUUUGCCCCAUGGAUAGCCCUCUUGUUUUUAGCUCUUGGAGUGCCACCUUCAGUUGCUAAAAACCUGCCUCAACCUCUUUGGUAUGUUCUCAUGACACCAAUUUUCUUUCUCGAGCUUAAGAUCUAUGGACAGUGGAUGUCAGGAGGCCGAAGGAGGCUAUCAAAGGUGGCCAAUCCUUCAAACCAUCUCUCCGUUGUUGGAAAUUUUGUGGGGGCAUUACUAGGUGCAUCGAUGGGUAUAAAAGAAGGGCCUAUAUUCUUCUUUGCUAUUGGGUUGGCUCACUACAUAGUUCUAUUUGUAACUCUCUACCAGAGGCUUCCAACAAAUGAGACACUUCCAAAAGAGCUACACCCUGUAUUCUUUCUGUUUGUGGCAGCACCAAGCGUUGCUUCAAUGGCAUGGGCAAAGAUUCAAGGAACCUUUGACUAUGGUUCACGGAUUGCUUACUUCAUUGGCCUGUUCCUUUAUUUCUCACUGGCAGUUCGGCUUAAUUUCUUCCGAGGAUUCACGUUUUCGAUGGCAUGGUGGGCCUACACUUUUCCAAUGACUGGCGCUGCCAUUGCAACCAUUAGGUACUCAAAUGAAGUCACAAGUGUGUUGACUCAAGCCCUGUCUGUCAUCCUCUCCGCCACUGCUACGCUUACAGUUACGGCUCUACUUAUAACAACUAUCUGGCAUGCCUUCAUUCUCCAAGACCUUUUUCCUAAUGACCUUGCUAUUGCCAUCAGUGAGACACAGCCAAAACCACACAGGAAAUGGUUUCAUCUAGGACACGGUAGCUCAGAUGACAAAGAUGAUGAAAAUUUCUUAAAAUUUAGAGGCUCAGAUGGCAAUGAUUUAGAGGCCUCUACAAAACCUCCAAGCUCUGAGAGAGGUGAAGCUUAAGCUUGUACUAUGAGGUCCAUUUUUCAACGGACUUAAGAAGUUGGUGACAUUCAAUGAGUGUAUGGCUACUCAGACAUGGGAGGAACAAAAUAUAGAGUUUUGAAAGUUCCCGUGAACAUGUGUAGUGUAAUGAAAGUUUCUUUACUAAGAGGAGAGUGAUGUGUAAACAAUAGCUAAGUAUUGUAACAGAU